AAAUCAAAAUCGAAUUGUAUUUGUUUGUGUGCGCGCAUCCGUUAGUGUGUGUUUUGUUUUUCUUUUUCCAUUUUUUUCUGUCUGAAAAUGUUACACUCUCCUUUCAGUUUUUGCAAAGACGCAAUGCGUGUUUCAAUUUUGCGUGUUUUCUGAAUGAUUAUCAGUACUCUCAGAUUGGAAUUUACCAAAAAAAAAAAAGAAACGAAAUGCAACUUUAACGUAAAUAAAAGCCUGUUUAGUGGAAAUGUGCGCAAAAUAAUGGGACAUUUCUUGAUGUAAAAUAGGACAGUGAAUGGUGUCAAUGGUGAACUUUAUAUCAGUUUAAUAAUUCAUCUCAUGCAUUGGUGGCAUUCGCUAAACAAAACAAACAAUUGGGUUUAUUUUUAGUAUUUUUGAGUAUGUUUCGUUUCGUGUGCUGUGAACAAAAGGGUAUGCCAUCUUUUUGUUUUGUGUGUGCGUAAAACGAGCUGGUCACGCCAUCACCUAUGCACCUGGUUCGGAUGUAUUUUCUUUUGAAUAAAAAACAUCUAAAAUUAUCGACAAGUUGCAUGUAUCGAAGAAGGAUCUACCUUGAACGCGUGAUGAUAUAUUUUUAUUAAAAGUCUAGCUAUUACAUUAGAUGUAUAUUCGGAUGCUGUAUGAGGAGUAAAAAAGCUCAAAAAAAAGAAAGGGAAAAAACUUUACACUAUUCAUUGUUCGACGUCGGGGUCGACGUAAUUUCGUAAUUCCUCUUCCCUAUGACGUAGUAGCCGUUUGCUUACUACAUCCAAUCAUGCUUUCUCUCACGCGAUCUCACUAAAAAAAGAACGCAGCAUAUCACAGGUGGGAGAGUCAUCAUUUCAGCUAGUCGCGGUGUGUAGUGUGCGAUAUACUAGGAGUGAAAAAAAAAAAACAUCGGACACAACGCGCUUGUUGAUGUAAAUAUUUCAAGAGAGAACACAGCCGUUUACUCUUGCGGUUGCAAUUCUCAGUUGUGGCGUGUCCUUUUUGGAUUCCCGAUUCCAGAACAACAAAACACACAAACGUCACCCCGACACACGCUCGCGCGUGUGUGUGUGUGUUGGUGGUGUCGAACUUCUUCCUUCGUCUGUAAAUCAUCGUUGUUUGUGGGCUGCCGGAAAGGACCAAAGGACACAAGCACGAGGAAAGAGAUGAGUGAUAUGCGGUUCUUGGGAGGACGGGGCGGGAAAUGAUUUUUCACGCCCGGAAGAGGAAGAACCACGAGAGAGAGAGAACGUUGAAUGUAAACGAUGGUGAGAGAUCGAACGGGACAAACAGGAUAUUCGCGCGGAUGAAGAGAAAACUUUCCCAAUCCCAAUCAUCCUCCUACAUCCCAAGAAUGUGUUUGCCGUAAACGAUUCUAUUCCGUGUUCCUCCUGUGUUAUCCUGUAGCCUGUAUUCUCAGUUGCCUGUAAAGGACUCUCGCUGCAUGUACACUAUAGGGCUAUAGGUGCUGAAGCUGAUGGAUAGUAAUCAAUCGCAUCUCGCCAAAAAGCGUGAAAUGUGAAAUUAUGUGUUAGCAAAGUAGUGUGGCAACAGAAUGCAAAUAGCAUCGUAUUAAUACCUAUAUUUACAAGAAAAAGAAAAUUGUGCAAGUGAUAUGCAAGUGAAGUGUCAUCCUUCCAUCUCAUUCCUGGCGGAAGACGGCUUCCGGCUGCGAUGAAAAGAUGAUAUUCGGUAUUUUGUCUCCUCCGGGUCCAUUUCUAACACCGAGCCCGUCGCCAUCGAUACCAGCAAGCCCUCGGUUGCAGCCGUCACCUUCGCAGUCACCGUUUUCUCAGCAACAGGAUAUUCUGCUGGUGACCAACAGCACCAUCGGUAAUGUGACUCAGGAGCAAGAUCGCAAAACAGGUGUAGCAGGACGACGUCAAUCAUUUAGUCAACAACAGUCUGCUCUCGUUCAGCAGCAGCAAGUACUGAGCAAUAGUACCAGUCCAAAUGCCGGAACAGUUGUGUACCGUCCGAGUCCCACGCAGUCUCCUGCGGGCGCUACGACCUACAGCAUCUCGACGACGCCUGGAAAUGAGUUCAAUACGACUCUAGUCGGUUCGAACAACAUUUCACUUAAUAAGAAGGGUCGCAAAUCGUCCUCGGUUAGUGCUAUUCAACAGCAACAUCAGCAACAACACCACCAUCACCUCCUCCAACAGUCACAUGCAGGCCAUGGACAUGGAACAUUGCCCUCCGCCAGUAGCCCGAAAGCGGCGAAAAAAGCAUUGCAACAGAACCAGCAGCAGCAGCAGAAUCCAUACCAGCAGCAUCACGCCUCGGUAUCUUUCGUUGGAAGCCCGAUUGCAAGCCCCAGUCCGAUCGCAAGCCCGAACGGUGGCUCGAUACUGCUCACUACCGGAAACGGCACAGGAGGUAAUGUGGCCGCUGGGUCAUCCAGCGCGACUAGCCUGGGUGGAGCGACACAACUGAGGCCGCCGACACCACAGCCUAUCAUUCAACAGUAUCCUGUUGUGGGCACCGGUAAUCAAAUAGUGCAAAUUUUCCAAGGUUCCCAGUUUGCAAUAACCCAGUCGCAACCUGCCACGGCGGCUGCACUAACACAGCAGCAUCACCAGCUUCAGCAGCAGAGCGGGCGCCAUACAACAACGAUCGUAUCCCAACCCAGUCCCCAACAGCAGCAUCAGCUAAACCAAACAAACGUUCAGCAACACAUACCGCUGCAGGCGAUACAGGCGCAGCAGCUUCAUGCCAUUCAGCAAUCACCGUCGCACCAGCAACAGUUUGUACAGCAACACAUCAUAACUGCCGCUACUUCCGUUGCAUCGAGCGCGAUACCGUCGUCUGCUUCUACGGCCUGUGUUACGUCUACCGGUGGCUUAGUUAUAACUGGUACUGGACUGCAGAGUUCCCCGUCAGCCGGUACGGGAAGCGGUGGCAAUAUUGCUAAUGUGAAACAUCACAACAAAGGACCACAACAGAUACUUCCAAAGCCAGCCACUGUUACGCCUUCAGUUUCGCCCACAUCUUCGACAUCAUCGUCAUCGUCCGUUUCUUCUGCUACACCGAUGUCCGUGCAUCAUCAGCAAAGUCCCCAUCAGGCGACGGCAUUUGUUUCUAGUUACGGCUCCACCCCCGUAGUACACGGCUCCAAAACGAUUGUAACGCAGCCGAAAACGGUCACUUCGGUGUCCUUGCCGACUGUCGUAUCGCAGCUGCCGGCGCAGAUACAGGUUUCCCAAGCGGGUACUGUCGUGAGUGCCGGUGGUGCUACACAAGUGCAUUUUACGACGACAGCGACUCCCCAAUCGCAGGGUUCCGCGCUCAACACGGCGCAGGUACACGGACAAAUGGUUACCACGACAACACAGCCAGCGGGAUCACAACAGCCAGGAGCACCGACGCAACAAACCGCCACAGCAGCAGCACAGAAUGGUUCCAUCAUUCUACCGACGGGAAACAUUAACGCUCAGCCAUUGUUGCUUAACCAAAUGCCGGUGUUGGUACAACAGAAUACACCGCAAGGGGUACAGCUAAUACUGCGUCCGCCGACCCCGCAGCUAGCUGCCCCGAGCUUGGUGAUUCACAAUACCCGACCCCAGCUGCAACAGCCUCAACCGCAGCAGGUGCUUCGAAUACUGAACGCCAAUGGGACGAUGCAACUGGCAACAACGCCAACGUUUAUUGUUUCGUCCCAGGGUAAUCUGGUGCAGCAGAACAUAUCCGGACUGAAGACAAACCAAGGUGUGCCGUUAACGCAGAUUCAAGGGUUACAGGGACAGAGGCAACCGCAGCAAAUAACAGCCGCGAUUAAUCAACAUCUGUUAAGCCAAGGUGUUGCGCAGAUACAGAAUCUUCAGCUGAACGGAAAUUUAGCACAGAUUCAGAUGCCAAAUGGUCUCAAUGGGCAGCUGCUGACCACGUCUCUGCCAGCGCAAUUCCAACAAGCAAGCGUCGGUAGUUUUGGAAUUCAAAAUCAAAACAUCAACCUGAACCAGCUGGGCAGCGUGAAUUUGCAGCUUGCCACGGGACCUGGAGGUGCAACGUUUGUGUCCCCAUCUUCCACACCAGGAGCUGCCCCAGGUUCAGCACCGACCGGGGAAAUCGUUGUAAACGCUCAAAAUAUUCAAUUUACUGCUGCUCCCGGAACCGCGCCCAAUACAAUUACUGUGAACGCUCAGGGUACACCGCAAACGCAACAAACUCAAGUUGCACAACAGCAACAGCAGCAGCAUCAGACAGGUGGACAACAAAUCUUGACCGCUUCAACGAUAGACGGACAGAUUCAAACUGCUCAAAUUAUUCCCACAGUUCCGACGGACACGCUAAGAAACCAUAACCAUCAUGCGGGAACUCCCAUUCUAACGACUGCCACCGGUCAGCAAGUGAUCGUUACUGACGGUAUAAAGGCACAGAUUCAUGCACAGGCUAUCUCAGCACAGCAACAGCAAAUUUUCAAUCACCAAAAUGCAACCCUUCAGCAACCAAGUGCGUCAGUGUCUAUUCAACAAUCGAAUCAGCUUCCUCCACCACCGGCAGCACUAUCUUUACCGACAACACGAAUUGAGGUAGAAAAACCAAAAAAGGAACGUCGGAAUAAGAAAAAGGUCAAACCAAUACCACCACCAGUCGCUACAGCAGCACCGAUGAUUGUUCAACCAAGUACGCCAACUGUAAGCCAAGUGCCAAUUCCUACCAGCACUCCGACAACGACAACGACGGCUGCAGAACGACUAACAUCACCCAGCUCUCCUUCGUCGUACAGCAACACGCACACACCUACGGGGAAGUUAGAUUUGGCAAAUCUGAUGAAAAUCUCUGGCAUCGGCAUCGAUGAUGAUGAUUUGAUGGACACAGAUGAACCACCACCUUUACUGGCCACCACUAGCAAUCAUCCAACGGUUGGAGUAGAAUAUCCUUCAAAUAUUGUGAUACAACAUAAUGAGUCGCUAAACGCUACCGGUAACUCUGUUGGUGGUGGGUCUGCAGGGCAACAACAUCCUGUAAAGGAUAUUAUGUCGUCCACCUCGUUGGUUAAUGCUGGAGCGCAACCAGGACAAGUGCUUGUACAAUCUCAGCACCAACAUCAUCAACCGCCUGGCAUUGUGACAAACCAAUCGGGUGCAGCAGGAACUGGAAGUGAUAUCAUGAUCACAAUACCAUCCACCGUUGGGUCGGAGAAUGUAGAACUUCCUUACACGAUAUCGAUACCUACAUCUGGUAUGGACAGGUCACAAGAGAAAAAAGUGUCAUCUGACGUCAGUUGUGCCCAGCCUGGUCAAACGACUGCAGGUGUCAGUUCCAGUGCUAUGACGGGACAGCAGCAACAGGAUGCGCCUUCAUUCAUGAUCACGAUCGAUCCGGCGAGUGACUCUACUUCCGGGCAGGCUUCUUAUACGGUCUCGUUGCCAAGAUUUGGAGCUAGUGAUGAUUCGAAAGUUGUUAACAUUGCAACCGUUGCUCCAACAGCUAGCGUACAGGCCAUUAGUACUACAACAACAUCUUCGAUGGCCACUUCAAAUGCCAACAGCAUGCAACAGAGCAAUACGAUAUGUGUGAACAGUUUGAUGAAUAACGUUCUAAAUAAUACGCAAGUAACGCCCACACUGCAGAGCCAAAUCAACGAAAUACAGAAUCAGCUGAUGGCGGAAGCACAGCCGCAUCUUGUCGCUCCGUCUUCAAAAUCAUCCAACAUUGUAUCAGCAUCCAUAGUACCCACAUCGCAACACCAACAAAUGUUAACGACAAUGGCACCGCUCAGUGGGACAACUGCAUCAGCAUCCUCUGUAGGAACAACGACGUCUACUUCCAUUGUGAUAUCGACGAACAGUAGUAAAAUAUUAUCCGUUCCCUCACCCUCUCCGAAGAAGAAGUCAGUCACAAUCGCCAAUAGCAAUCAAGGUGGUACAGCAAUGAAUAAGAAGAACGGGAAAAAGCUAGAAAAAUCGUUCGACACGAUUGGUACGACCAGUGCGGUACCAACGCAGAUAGGAAAUAUUCAAAUUUCACAAGUUGAUGGUACAACAGCCAACCAGAAUAAGGCAGUUAAGGGUGGCACCAUCAACAACCAAAUACAAAUUACUCCGAUCAUUGACAGUAAAGUGGUGAACACGGUUGGCGCUCAAUAUCAGAGUCUUACCCAAAUGCAGUCUUCGGUUACUCAACCGCAAUCGACUGUCACAAUUCAGAGUCAAAUUCAAACACCGCAGCAACAACAGAGCCAUACUAUUCAUUCUACGAUGGGCGGAGGCUCCGUAUCGCAGCAUCAACAACAGCCACAACAAUCGCAUGCGAUUCAGUCGGUACCAACUUCGAUACAAUCGAACGUCAUAGCUGGAGGAGGAGGUGUAGUGUUCACCACACAGCAGCAGCAGCCAUCGGUCGUGGCAACACCUACAGUACAGUUGAAUCAAACGUCCAUCACGCCAACAUCAUUAAUACAGCAGCCCGCAGCGCCGCCACCACCAGUUACAACGGCACAAGGAAUACUUUCUCAACUGACGGGUAGUUUAAGUUUAUCGUUAGCAGAAAAUGGCCAGCUCAUUUUAAAGCACGACAUAAAUCAACCGCAAACUCCUGAAUCCCAAACUAUCCUGCAGGCUAUCCUGUCUGGUGCCUUGGGUAAUAUCACGUUGGUAAAUGAGCCAUCCAAACCGCAAGUCACGCUAGCAAACAGUGCCAUAUCGGCCAAUAUUGCUCCUAUUCAGCAACAGCAUACGACAGCAUUACCCAUUACACAGCAACCAGCACCAGGACACCAUCAGAUCGUGGUGUCGGCACAUCCUUCGCAACAACAAAACAAAAAUGUUGCCGCUGUUAGUGGACAGGUGCAGCAGAAAACGCAGGGCACCACAACUGUUACUAUUCAAACUGGUCAUCAACAGCUUCAACUUCAACAACAACAACAACAACAACAGCUGCAACAACAUCAGCAACAACAGCUGCAACAACAACAGCAGUUACAACACCAACAACAGCAAAUGCAACAACAUCAGCAACAGAUGCAACAACAGCAGUUUUUACAGCAACAAACGGCCUCAUCAGCCUUUGUGUCGCAGCCAUCUACCACAACGCCAACCAUGCAACAACACAUACAGACUGCUAGUGGCAACAACCAGACACAUUUGGUUCACACGCAACAGUCCCAGCUACAAAAUCUUAAGCAUGUUCGUAAAUCAGAAACGAGCAUCGAACCAGUAUUGAAUCAGCAGCAAUCGUUAGCGGCUCAAUCCCAACUGCAACAGCAGCAGCAGCAACAACAACAACAACAAACGGUUUUAGUCAACCCGAAUGCACCAAAGCUUGUAGAGCUACCGAAAGUUGGGCCUAAUCAACAGCUGUUCUCCCUGAACACAUUAACUAAUCAGAUUACGCAGUUAAGUCCAGGGCAAACUACGGCCGCUCUUGGACCGAUGGAGCGUGUGUUGAUCGUGCCGACUGGAAUCAACGCACAACAGUUGGCACAAUGCCUGAUGCAAGGACAAAUUCACUUCAACAACAUCGGUCAAGUGACGCAGUCAAGUGAAACAAGACCAACACCGACAAUGACCCAAUCGCAACAACCCUCUCAAUCUUCUACGUCAUCUACGACAACAGUCCAGAAGGGUAUGACCAGUUCGCAAACGACUGUAGAGCAGCAACAGACAAAUAAUCAAACAAGCAAAGCGGGAUCGCAAAUCAUUAUUAACCCGGGAGGCAAUAAUAUGAACUCGAAAGUAAUAAGUAACAGUAGUAACGUAACAAAUUCGAACAACGUCACUGCCACGAAUACCGGAACGAUCGUGAAGGAAAAACCGAAACGCAAUCGAUCGAAAAAACAGGAUAAAACACAACCAUCUGCCAGUCCUUCGAAGUCGACGGUAAUUAAAGUUAACACCAUGGCCAGUGGUUAUCCUGCGAGUGUUGUACUUCAGCCUGGUCAGCAUGCACAACCAAUACUUGCAGAGAAUGGUACUAAGAUAGGCACCAAAAUAGUGGGUACAGUGAAUCCAAACAACUUUGUUACCAACAGUCUGCAACAACAGCAACACCAUCAGCAGCACCAACAACAGCAGCAGCAACAACAUCAGCAACAACAGCAGCAGCAUCAACAACAGCAGCAACAGCAUCAACAACAACAGCAGCAACAACUUCAACAACAACAGCAACAACAUCAGCAACAGCAGCAACUACAACAACAACAACAACAACAACAGCAGCAGCAGCAAAUACAACAGGUACAACAACCUGUACAGCCACCAUUGGUUGCCCAAGUUCAUCCACAACAACAUCAAGCAAUGAAAACACCUACCACCUUGGCAAUGGUUGUGAAAGGUACGAUUGGAUCAACUACAGUAACUGCAACAAAUUCCUCCAACAAUAACAUAACCGUUACUGCGACACCAGUCAAAAAGGGCAGAACUAAUGCUGCACAGCAACAACAACUUUUGAAUUCAGCACCACAACAACAAAUGCCUCCAUUGGUCAGUGUGAAUUCAAUGGUACCCGGCCCUGCAUCACUGAGCAGCAGUACUCCGAUAGCGGUGGGAACUCCAACUGUGGUACCACGGGUACAAACAAUUCAGUUGACUCCUCAGAAGCAGCAACAUUUAAAGAGCGUGCAACAGCAGAUUCAGCAACUAUCGACCAAACUGCAAAACAAGAAUCUUUUGUCAUCACUCUUGAUUCCUGCGGAGUUUGAUCCUUCAAAUCCGAUCCAUAACAAACCGUUGCCCUCGAUAAAAAAUUUGCACACAAUGUCGGACAAGGAAAUUUGUAACGUUCUGCAACGAUUGUUUAUGGAACAGCAAAAGAUUUUAUCGUCUGGAAAGAUUAUUCAAACCAUCCCAACUGGGCAUACUUUUGCCAGUUCAACUACGCAACAGGCAAUUCCGCCCCCACCUACACCGAUCAGUAACAGCCAAAGUCACAGUGACACAAUAGCAGGCUCUGUUCCCAACACCGGCAUGGAGCAGAAAUCUCAACAGGCAAUAAUAACAUCGACCACUGUUACACCUAGCAGUGGUACGACUAUCUUUCAAGGUGGUGCCGUUGGUAGUGGUGUUUCAGUUACAUCGCCCCAGAUCAUCGGGAAACAUGAUAUCCUUGUACCAAUGGCAUCGACAGCGGGCCCUAACAUGAGUGUCCUAUCGUCGGGCGCAAUUACAAGCGUUGCACCAUCUGUGGCUCACUCGUCGAUGUCCAUUACGAUCACAAGCAGUACCUUGCCGAUGCAAAGCGUCGGUAAUGUACAGAAAUUUGGAACAGGUGCUAGUGUUGCCUUAAAUAAGCAGACCACUACGAUCAUUCCAAUAACCUCGACACUGCAGCAUCCGCCGACUUCUGGUUCCAAUCAACAGGUUCUUAAAUCAGUCAACUCGACAACGACGGCUGCAUCGGUCCCCAAUAAUGGUAGUGUUGCCAAAAACAUCACUGUACCAGCAGGAACGAUCGUGCCGAAACACAUCAUGCUAUCCACCGGUGGUCCUGCACAGACGAACGCUUCUGUAAUGCCUCCGUUGCAUACGCUUGUACCAACGACGCCGCAACAGGUGAAUGCGCCAGGAGGAUCAUUAAUUAACAAACAUGAAAGCAAUAGUAGCGGUAGCAGCUCGGCUAGUACAAUCGUAAACCAUCAACAAUCGAUUGUAGCAAAUCAGAUGUCUGCUUCGGUUACGUUAAACAGUACGAAUCGUUCCAACACACCCGUUCCUCCGCCACUGGUCGCCACACUUCCCGGCGGUGGUCAGCUAAAAACGUUGACUAGUGCUGCUGGCCAUGGUAACUCUUCAAUUGUGAUCGUCGGUGGAUCACAUGCAAUUUUGAGUGGGUCACCUCAAAUGAUUGCACAAACUGCUGCCAGAAUUCAACAACAGCAGCUGCAGCAACAACAGCAACAGUUACAAGCUCAAGCUGGUAGUGUUCUUAUAACUCCAACUUCGGUCCAACCAGGAAUCGCGACCUCCACUUCCUCUCCCGCGAUGGCUGCAAUUGCUCCAUUGCGCACAUCUGUAUCAUCAACAGGAUCCCCUACAACGUCUGCAUUACCACCUCCGUUGGUUCCGUCCAGUGUCAGCAGUAGCAGCACGCUUCCAUUCAGUACUGGUGGUAAUAGUGGUAGCGUACCUUUGCCGGUCAUCAACGGUAGCAGCAGUGUAACGGUGACUAGUUCAAACACGUCAACUACACUAACAACAAUGGCAACGGUGGCGUCUUUUCCAACGACAACAACAACGGCAAAUGCUCUCUCUUCGGCCGUUGUGGCUGCUUCGACGAUGAAUAACAAUUCAAUCACACCGGCCGUUAUUAUCGCCGCUCCUGCGGGUACUUCUCCAUCCACCCCGAUGACGUACAUUACGACAAACGUACCAAAUAGUCCUGCUGUAAAAGUACCGCGUGCAAGUUUGUUUGAAAUUCAAAUUCAGAAAGAUCAGGAUGCUUGCACGAAACCGGACACAAACACACCGUUCGGUAGCAAGCAAGAUGCCAUCAAGCGACUGAUACGCUACCAUUGCAUGUACGAGGAGAAGUGUGAAGAGAAUGAGGAGGAGGAAUUACAGUUUGAGACGACGGCCGAAUGGUUCCCGGAAGCAUUCCGAACGAUGCUCAGUCGCUAUCAACGGUUAAUGAUCAAUGAAUCGAUGCGUGAAGUACGCACUUCGGAAUUGAUGCUGGUGAACAAACUUUUUAAGGCAGACAUAACACAAGAGAUCGAAGAAAUGCAAGAGCAUCUUCGAGAGGCCGAAAUUCUCGCUUUGCCCUCGAAGGACGGUGCAGAGGACGUGAUAUGUGUUUCAUCAUCCGAUGAAGAGAAACCUAAAUGCAAAGAAGGUUCCUCCACGCCGCACCAAAGCGAUUCACCGAUUCUACCACUAACGCUGCCAGAAGUUCCCGGUAACGGUAUGAGUUCAGGCAGUUCACGUAGACCGGAUUUGUGCAGUGACGCUACCUAUACAUCUGACUCGUCCGUUUGCGUAAAUGGACCACCAAAUGUGAAUGCCAGUGUAACAGAAACGGUACGAUCAAGCACAUUGGUGUGUCAGUCUUUAUCGACUAGCGAAACAUCUGUUCAGAGCACAUUCCAAAAGACCAAUAGCUCUACCACCGUCAUGCAUUCUACGGGGCAGAUACAGUCUACAGUUGUUAAGCAAGAAACAGUUAAUUUCAAUCGAAAUAACACCUGCGUGCGCACCCCUUGGAGUGAUGUGUUCAAAAAGAAUGCCCAGACAGUGGCGAAUAGUUACGACGAUAUUGAAAGUGAAAUCACACCAAGCUUCAUCAUGAAGAAGACGGACGGUGGGAGCGUGAAUGAAGAGAAAAAGCGUGACAAUACAACUAACCCGCUUCACGGUACAUCAUCAGCAAUGGUAACAUCAACAGCUCCACCAACGUUGCGCUAUUUCAAUCAGGUACACUUACCAUCGGAGCAAAAGAAUUGUAUAGCAGAGAAUACGAGGGCUGAUAACAAUCAGCUGCAAUCGUCAUGUGAAACUGGUUCAUCCAUUGUAACAGCUCAACUCACCUCCACAAAGCAUUCGGUGGAUCAGAACGAUUCGGCUUAUGAUGAGUGGAUGUGUUUCCCAAAGGAUCUUACCUACUUCACCGGUAGCAGCGACGGGAAUGGCACGAAUGAAGUAGACAGUGGAAGUGUCCGGAUAGGAUGUAACAAUACUAUUCCUAAUCUUAACAUCGAUCCGUCAGGAAGAAGAAAAACAACAGAAGAAGAAAUCCACGAAAUUUUUCACUCGAACGAUUCCAAGAGUGUUGAUAAACAGUUAGAACAGUUGUUCAACGCAACUGCAGACGACAAACCAUCGUGUGCAGCGUCUCGGGUCGAUUCUCCGUUAACCGAAUUCUUGAAUAACCAUCAGCGAAGCACAGCAGCAACUGGUAGUGCCGAAGUUUGUGGAGGCUCUUCGACGAAAAGUGUCGAAACGCGGUUAGACGCAUUGUUCGGUGGUUGUGAAAGUCUAUCACGCCAUGGUGGUGGUAGUGGUUCCACUGCUGCCGAACCAAGAGCAUCUGGGAUGAGCGAGAAAGCGGAAGAUAUGAUAGCAUCUCGUCACUGGUCCGCUUCCGUGUUUCAAUCAUCACAAGAAGAAGAGGAAUCGACCUCCGAUUCAUUCUUGCACAAAACAUCGGCUAGCAGCUUCGACGUUCUUCAACAGCAGCAUUCAUCUAGCGGUGGAACACAGAAACGACACUGGACGGGUGCAGUUACGAGCGGUGGCAGUUCAGCGGGCAUUGGCACAACUGGUGGGAUUUUGUAUUCCAAUGAAUCGUCGGAAAAUGAAUCGAUAAGUCCUAAUAAGCGGCAGUGUAUGUCACUUGGUCGCAACGAUAAACAGCUCGACGAUAGCAGCAGAGCUAAUGUGAAAGGUGAUGACCAUCGAUGGUUGAUGGAGUGUACCGGAAACAGUGAACCGCCCAGCACAGCAAGUUCCCAAAUGCAGCCAAUGGGAACGGUCAGCUCAAACGGUUCGAUACAGAAACCCGUUCAAGGUAACGAUCACAUACUUGUAAACAAUGGUAGUAACAACAGUAUUGGUAGCACCGACAUCCAUAUUGGAUGUGGCUCAAUAGUAUCUAGUGUCGGUACCGGUGGUGGUGGUGGUGUUGGUGAUUGUAGAGGAAUUAGUUCUGGUGGGGUUAUAAUUGGUAACUGUCGAAAUGGUGCCAACGGCAAUCCGCUGGUCGGUCAGGUGGAUGGUGACGAUGACGGGCUGUCGACAGCAACUAACAUUAUCAUGCUGGGUAGAAUGAGCAACAAUAACAAUCACAGUAAUAACAAUAACAACAUCAACCAUCACCAUGAUCAUCAUCAUCAUCACGGAGUGUCCAAACGAACGUCGUGGAACGGUGAUAUCUUGCUGGCAUCCGCUACGGCAGAAGAUGUUGAUCACCAUCAUGGAAGUGUGCUAGAUAUGCUAGAAACUAAUCUUAGCCUAAGCCUAAACAAUCUUAACAGCAUCUGUAGCUCGGGCAUACUGGACAAUGGGGGAGAUUCUAGUGAAACGGACCCAUUGCCCCAUCACCAUUCCCAUCAUGGGCAGCAACAAGAGGAACAACUGCAUCAUCAUCAUCAUCAGCAGCAGCAGCAUCUUUUGCAUCCUAAUCACAUAUCGCACAAUCACAUUUCCCAUAGUUUGCCUCAUCAUCACAGCCACAACCAUCAUCCGCACCAUCAUAUGCAUCCGGUAGUGGACGGAGCAUCAUCUGCCCCCGGUGCAGUGGUUGGUGUUGGACGUAAAGGAAAUAAGAAUUGUUUCAACGAAGCAAAUGAUCUGAUGCAUGGUGGUGGCUCAAACACCGGUCCUAUUCCGGGCGACGAUGCAACUAAUAAUCUUAUUCUCUGUGGUGGUGAUGGUGUUGGUGGUGGUAGUAGUAGCACCCGUCUUAGUAGUAACAAUGAUCACAAUAAAAUCAACUAUCUCGAUCGUGAUCUUCUAGGCUUGGACCCAUCUGAACAUCACGCAUCGCAUCAGCAUCACGGUAUUGAUGAAAGCAGUAGAACGCCAGUAAUCAAUUCCGUGCAUAGCCAUCACCAUCAGCAUAAUAGUGGCGCGGGAGCUGUAAUGAAUGAACCGAUCACGAUAGGAGGUAAAGAUUCACUCCACAUGCCAACGGGCAUGAUGGGAGAGGAAGAACCAUCCUUCCAUGAACAUCACCAACAACAACAGCAGGAACAACAGCAGCAACAGCAGCAACAGCAACAUCAUCACCAACACCAUCAUCAUCUUCAUCAUGCACAACACCAUCAGCAAACAAUCCAUGAUCUUCACCAGUUUAACCAUAUCUCGUUCGAUACGAUGGGUAUGCCAAACUUUGAGGAAGACAUCAACCGACAGGUGCAGAAUGCGAUCGAUAGUAUCUUGAAUCUGCAAAGCAACGAAACGGACGGUUCCUUACACUACUCGCUCGAUCAUUCCUUCCUGCCCGAUAGUCCGCUAUCGGGUGGACUAGGAAACUCGGUCAAUCCAUCACUUUUGGGUGCGAUUCACCAUCAGCACCCAGAAGCGCCGGUCUCGAACCAUCAUCCGGUGACGCACCCACAGUCGCACCCACGUCAACAAGCGUCAUCAAUGCCGGCCGUCCAGCAGCACGUGGGCAUGAAACGAAAGUAUCCCACUGACUGUCCAUCGCCCAUGGUUGGUGUAUCGCCGGACGAUGGUAGUCCGAUGGGCCCGGGUAGCAGUGGCAGUAGCAACAGCAAUAACAGCACCAUCAGUAGCCUGAGUAGCAGCACCACCGGGAGCACGCUCAGCGGUACGGUAAGCUCCGGAAGUAGCAGCACCAGUGGUAGUUUGCUCGGUGUGACGAAUCAUCACUUCGGUGUGAACGCAUCCGAUGGAGAUCCGCUGAAGACGAUCAUAAAAUCUUGACAACUUUCCAUCGCAAGCUAAAUGAUCGCGGAUAUGUGACAGCUGAUAAUCUCAUUUGUGAAGUGUACCGAUCACAACAUAUUUUCCACAAUGUGUCGCCUCUGGACAAUGGAGCAACGGAUUUUUGGGUGCGUUUCAUCCCUUUGUUUUACUCUUCUAUAUACUGCUUUUCCCGAAACAACGUGUUAUUUGCAGUGAAAACACAACACUAAUAGUAUAGCAAUGAGUCGAAAUUUUAAAUGCUAUAACAGAUCAAAACUAUUCAUCCAUAGUCUAAAGAAUUUAAGUCAUGGAUUGGUGCUUUUGAGAUCGGCAGAACAACAAAACCAAUCGUUUAUGUUCAGCUUCACAGUGCUUCGUGGAAUUUGAAACAAACAAAACGAUAGAACAAACGUGUACAGUACGCAAAUUUAUUGUAUAGUAUUUUCAUUAGCUUCGUGGAAGAAUUGUGUAACACAUUUUAGUUCAAUUAUUACGAACAGUUCGGUCUUUUUGUUUUUACCGCGGAUGUUCACUUGUAUCCAUUAUUUUAUUUGCACCCGUACCUGAUUUCUACUGAGGGAAUCACGCUCCAACAUAAACCCCGACCAGUAAGAUCUCAAAUCGAAAAGAGUGUUACAAUGAACCAGGAUAACAACUGCCAAGGAAUAACCAAAAUGGUGCACGAGCGAUAAAAAAAAAUGGAAAAUGUAAAGCUGAGAGCAGAGGGUUACACUUUUAGCAUACAACCGAUCAGAAGCGCAGAAGUGAAUGAACAACCAAAACAAACAGGAAAUCGAUCGGAAAAAUGUAUGUAAGCAAAGCGGAUGGGUGGGACUGCACACGGACGGACGGUUAUUUGCGAAUAUACGCGAUCAGUUGAUCAUUAACACGAGCGAAGCAGUAAAUAAAGUGCAGCGCUAAUAAGAAGGCACUUGGGCGUGGCGUUUACGAUAAUAUUGACUUAAGAUGUAAUUUAGCUAAGGUGAAAUGAUUGAUCAUAUAAACUAGUACUUCUUAGCAUACAUUUAAAACAAAACGAAAAAAAAACAUAUGUACAUAAGCUCUCCCGCCAGAUCGAGCCACAGGAGCACAGAAUGACGGAUAUCGAACACCUUAUUCUUGUAGUGUGAUGUUUCAGUAGCUUGAACAUUAAUGGAUUAAUUGAUUGAAUGUAUUGCAAAGAUGGUGUAACAACAAAAAAGGGAAGGGAACGUUCCGUGAGUGAGACUCAAACAUUCAAGUUGGACAGCAUGUUUUAAUUUUUGUGAAGAGGCACGAACAACAGUUUAUGUUUCCACUUGGCCAACACCAUCCCAUAAAAAGGCAAAAGUGGCACUGUCGGGCAUUGAACUGAAACUGGAAUGUUUUUUUAUCUAGACGUAUUUGGGAGAACUACUUUUUAAACAAGACAAAGUAUCUUAAAUUUUUAAACAAACCGUAGAGAAACGGUAAUUGCUAUGGCUAUCGGUUUUUUAUUAACAAAAUAAAAAAAAAGAAAAUUUUCUUUUUAAACAACAAACGAGAGUGGUUACACACACUGGACACAAUAAUCAAAAUCAAUAAUAUAACGGACCAGCCUCUCGAUACAAGCACUAGCAAAUCAGCCGGUUCCGGAGUAAUGAAGAAUUUACAAACCAUGAACAUAAUAUAACAAGAGACAAACGUUAGAAGCUACCGGAAAGAGAGAAAGAGAAGCUAGUUGUAAAACUAUAUAUCUAUAUAUAUAUAUAUACAUAAAUAUAUAUUGAAGAGAAUAUCCUUGAAAUGGGUGCUUUUCAUUCUCGAAAAGUCUCGAUAACUGGGUGCUUACGAACGAAACAAGCGUUACCGGAGGCAACGCUUCCGAAACAUUGUAAGCCAAAAACCAAACAAUAAAACUGGUACAGAUUGCAUCAAACAACCUUCAGCUGUUUGCGGUUAAAUAUGGUGAAAUAUUGUUUAGCGAAAAAGAAAAAGUCUCGCCCAUUAUGAAACAAUGACGCGUUAUUCGUGCCGAAUCGGGAUGUGUGCCCUUUUGUUGAAUAGUUUUCGAUCAAAAGUUUGUGACAAAUUCUCUAAUUUAUGUUUGCUUUAAGGAGCGAAAUGCGAAUGUUCUUAGCAAUACACCAAACACCAGCGAUUGUCCGGAAUGAUGAGCCUACGCAAAUAGGCGUAAUAUUACAAAGAGAUUGUGUUUGAAUAGAAACCGAAAAUUCAAACAAACUUGAAGAUUGUUUUUUUUCCAAAACGUUUCAGCAAUUGUUCGAAAUGUAGUAAGGAAUAGCUUGUUUAGUAAAGAAAUGUGGUAAGGCAAAUAUUUGUAAAAAAAAAAAAACGAAUGAAUGAAACAGUAAAGCUAGUAAAAAGGUAACGUUGUGUCCCGUAAAUGAAUGUUUGCAAAAGGAUCGUGCGUAGCGUAGAUUCGACGGACGGACUCAUAGACAGACAGACACAAACACACCACAAGCAUUAAUUUCUAAGUAGGUAAUUCGGUUUUUGCCUCUUCUGUUUGCUCAUCAAUUAGUUUCAAACUUAACUUAAAUUAAUAUUUAUAAACACGAGGUGGGAAACUAAUGUAACGAAAGACAAAGCAACAUGAGUGAAAAGGAGCGGGGAUGCCCAGUUAUAUGAAAGCGCUAAAGCAAACCAAGUUGGAUAGUAUCGAGCAAAUACAAAUGUGGAGGUGGCAGAACGCGUGUGAGAAUAUCAAUAAUAAAGCAACGAGGAUCAAUUUCGAACACUGCAGUAGUGUAACAACAGUGAGACAACGCAAACCCCCCCGAAUGCCAAGAAACAUAUAGGAAACAGUCACUAGAUUUUGGGUGUCCAGUGAUGUUUCCUGCGGUGCGCCACGUUCAAAGUCACCGUACGUCACUUGAAGUUUAAUGAGCGUUAGAACCAUUUAUUAGUAGACGUCGGAAUUGUCGGCAUUUUUGGCAACUGUAAAAACUGUGGUUCGUUUUCUUUUCGUUUUGUAUUGUAAGAAAGAGAGAGAGAGAGAGAGUGAACCGUUCUUUAGUUGUUCCCUCAGAGGUGAUGAAUUUGACGUUUUUUUUUUAAAGAAGAAAAGUAAAAGAAUCACUUAACGUACCAUAAUACGUUUUUUCUUAUACUACGCGAUAAGGUGAAUGAUUUGUAUAAAAAAAAGCAUUAAAUAAUAAAAAUACGACAAUGUAGACACUUUGUUAAGGAACUCCAAAAAUCCCUCCCAGUCCUCCCUCUUUCCACCCAGUCGUAUGCUUAGAAUGAGGGCGUCAUAAUGGCCCAAUAAUUAUCUAUUCCCUUCCUUCCGAUUUGCUCAUAGGAGAAUUCGUUUCGUUCAAUCCCCACGUUGCUCAUAGUGUAACUUCGAUUUGAUUACGGUUUUUUGGAUGGGAUAAGAUCAAACGAAACGAGUAUCCCUGGGGGAGAAGGGUACACCUGUGGGAACAUCACCCCAGAGGCCCGGGAAGUUGCAGGUUAGCAGUUCUCUCCGUAAAAGAAUGACGCAGACGAAAGGUUACACACUAAUUAACGAAUCAAUAAAACAUAGUAAUAUCAGUAUGCAGAGGCGCUAAAUGCAUUGUACAGAGAGCACCCCAUAGGCAUAACGAGGUAAAGCGGCAAAUGGGCCAGAUAAACGGAACACAAGGACACAGGACAUGUUUAAAAAGAAAUGAAAAAAUAAUCUAUCAAAAUACAAUAAAAAGCAGAUGAUUUUUAUUGAAUACAGUAGCGGUGAUGUGGUAUGUUUUAUUACAUUUCAUCUAUUGUUUUCGAAA